CGGGCGAAACUGUUUGUGAAAACGUGGUCCAUGUUUCCCGAUUGCGAAGGGAAGAAACCAGCGGACUGGGCGGAGUUUUUGGAACGGGUGAAAGAAAAACGGGCGCCUUGCUGAAAAUCGUGCGCUUUUGAUAAAUUGAAGAGCGUUACUGUUGGAUCUCUUCAGGUGCCUAUUAGUGCAUUGUUUCGAUCGUUCUGUGAGUCUUUGGGAGAAUGUAUCAGGAAUGUAUUGCGCUGUAAUGAGUUACAGCUCGUAGAAUUUAUGACCAAGCAUCUCGCUGCCCGAAUUCGUUUUUAUACCUGUGAACGGCAACCCACAGAUGCCAAUGCAAGUUGAUCUUGAUGAAUGAAUGAACAAUGUGCAUUAUUUGUCAAGGGCUGUAGAAUCGAUGGGAAAUAUCUCUGCACUUAGGCAUGCGCAUCGUAUGCGAUAUCACUGAACUGUGGCAACUUUGAGUAAGCACAUGAAAGACAAACGUUUUGUUGAAUGCAAAUCACUUGAGGCCAGUUAGACUGCACGGACGUCACGACUGAUGGUAAGCCAUUCAAUUGCAUGUAAGCACAAAGCUCUAUCAGCAUAGAAACACUGCGGCAAAUGCAGCGCUUCUCACCUGCAGCUGUCAUAUAAAACGUCGAUAAUUUAGAUAUGCUUCCAAUACCGACAUCGGUUGUCCUGAGCUGCCAGUAAUGGCAGGUUAAUGUGAGACGGGCGUGUGUAUAUUGACGAGGUGGUCGGUACUCGGCAGUACCCCGGUAAUAUGUAACCGUUCUGUCGAUAUUUUCCUCGGUGAAAUCCAUACCCGUGCUGUAUCCCUCCCCAUUCCUCAUCCUGCACAGGUCUUGGAAGCUUGGAAUCUCGAGGAAUAUUGCGCAGGACACCCUCACAUACACUACGGAGGCCAUUGAACCUGGAACGGGACGGCGCCACUGACGUGACCGCGGACUAGCCGCCAUGGCUGCACCGGCCGGCUGGCCAAGGUCGAGCCCGUGUCCGCUGCGAAGGCCGCGCUCGCCCGGCAGAGGCGCGCGGCAGUCCCGGCCGCCCGGCCCGGCGCGGUGCGGUCACAACAUGGCAGACCAGUGAGCGCCGGGCGGCGGCCGCGGGUGGAGGGCGGGGACGUGAGCGGUGAACUGACAACAUGAGGGCUCUCGGCGUCGCCGUGCUGCUCUGCGGCUCGCUGCUGGCGGCGGUGACCUGUCUGGACAGUAACGGUCACCCGGACCUGGCCGAGAGACCGACAUGCGGCACACAGAGCGGACCUGGGCCCAAAACACGGGUCAGCACCACAGAACGGCUGGCCGGCCUCAGGUCACUGCUGGCUGAGCCGGUGGGUGACGCGUAUCAGAUUCUGGACGCCUACAUUGUCCCUAUGGACGACGAACACCAGACGGAGUACAUCGCGCCACAGGACCGGUUCAUCAAGUUCAUCUCGGGCUUCAGCGGCUCGGCGGCGCUGGUGGCGGUGACGGCCGUGCGCGCCGCGCUCUGGACCGAUGGACGCUACUUCCUGCAGGCCGAGGACCAGCUCGACUGUAACUGGUACCUCAUGAAGGAGGACACUGGCGCCCCGGAGCUGGCCGAGUGGCUGACCGGACAGCUAAAACCCGGCGCCAGGGUCGGCUCCGAUCCCAAACGGAUGGCCGCCCUCCGCUGGAUCGAACUCAGCGAAAAACUCAAAGCCGAGUCCAUAGAUCUGGUGUCCGUUGAGAUCAAUCUGAUUGAGCACCUGUGGACCGAGGGCCGGCCGGUGGCCAGGAUGAGCCCAUCACCGUUCACCCGCUCGAGUUCGCCG